AUGGUGUCCGGUUGUGGAAGUUAUUUAUUUGCCAGAAGAGCAUUCUCAGUUCUCACAUUCUUUUUCUGAAUUCCUUCAUUCAUGUCUCUCUGUCAUUUGAGCUAACCUAUUGAAAAAAAAAAGCUACUUUGGGGGGAAUAAAAAAAUUAAUAUAUAUCUAUAUAUGCUUUUUUUUUUUUUUUUUUUUUUUACUAGUGGGCCUUCUGUAAACUGUCUUGCGUUUCAUCAUACCCUCACAGGUUAAUGUGAGUGAAGGUAGCGCCCAACUUGAGUACUCCCCUACCCUGCUCUCCCUCUUAUUCUCUCCACUCAUCUCUCAGGGAGUGUAAAGUGUGUGUGUGUGUGUGUGUGUGUGUGUGUGUGUGUGUGUGUAUACAGAUUCUUGGGAGGACAAAUUCAAUCAGGACCGUAGAGCAGCUCAGCUCAAUGGCUGCUAAUUGUUGUUCUUAAAUCGAUUACCUUCUCCAUUUGUCAGUCUCUAUUGGUGUGGGUCAUUCAUCAGUAAUGUGAGGACAUGUCUCCCAAAGCAAACAAUGUGGGAGUAGACAUAGAAUUAGGAAUUAGAAUACUAGAAUGGACAUGAACCUUAUGAUGGGAUAAAGGUCAGCCAUUUUGGUCAGGGAGUUGGUCAACCAUGACUUGCCAGUGCUGUGAUAAGAUAUUGUGUAAAAUAAUGAAUUUGAAGAAUGUAUCUGCGCUAUACUGUAUGUUUGUUAGCUACCUAGACAGUUUUAGAUGAAUGAUUCCACUAAUUUUUUUAAUUAACUGCCAAUAUGCCAACAUUCCAUUCAAACAAUGCAGUCAAUCCACAGCCAUACACAGACUGAAAUCAGUUGAUGAUAGGACUUAGACAAGUUGUGGUCCUCUGUAGCUCAGCUGGUAGAGCACGGCGCUUGUAACGCCAAGGUAGUGGGGUCGAACCCCGGGACCACCCAUAUACAAAAAAAUAAAUAAUGUAUGCACGCAUGACUGUAAGUCGCUUUGGAUAAAAGCGUCUGCUAAAUGGCAUAUCAUCAUCAUAUCAUUAAGUUGCAAAUGCCGAUUUCUCCCUGACCAAUAUGGCUGCCAUUUUUCCCCCAUUCUGGAACUUUGAGGGUUUAUGACAUAGCCCCUCUAGUAAUUUAAUAGGAUAUCUAUGGGGGUAGGCCUACUGUAUAUGAAGGAAGAGGCUUGUUUUACUUUAAUACACAUGACAUUAAUGAUCUUUAUCUUACUGUUCCCCAUUUGAGUUGUGUUCGCCAUAGAAUUGGAAUGAGUAGAACGUUCGAGUGAAUCAAUUUCUAUGGUGUUUGCACUUUGUCUUCAUGAUUUUGGAACAUGCAAAACUGGCCUACCUUUGUUCCUGCAAAACUGGCCUACCUUUGUCCGGCUUGCAUGAUGGCAACUAUGUUAGACUUGGAAGGUAGUGCUCUGAUUCUGAUUCUCCUUUUAAGGGUUCAACUUGUGUUCACCCCUCCACUCUCUUGUAGAGCUUGUACCACCAGCUUGAAGCUGUCUAACCUGUUAACGCAUCAUAAUAUGAAUGCAGGCCUACAGCAUGUUCUAACAUCCAACCUUGUGCUCUCCUCUCCUCCACACUGACUCACUGCCUGACUGCCUGGCCAAAGCCACAUCUCUGUUUCCUCCUCUUCUCAAAUCUUAACCCAACUCUUCCAUCAUAUCCUUUGUAUAGCCUUUCCGUUGUAUUGUCUAAUCACCAAUUCUGUCCUUCACCGCUCCGCUCUUCUCUCUUCUCUCUCUCUCUCCUCUCUCUCUCUCUCCUCUCUCUCUCUCUCUCUCUCUCUCUCUCUUCUCUCUCUCUCCUCCUCUCUCUCUCUCCCCCUCUCUCCCUUCUCUCCUCCUCUUCCUAUCUCUCCUCUCUUCCUCUCUCGCGCUUCCUCUCUCGCUCUUCCUCUCUCCUCUCCUCUCUCUAACCUCCUACUCAUCUACUCGUCAUCCGUCUCUCUUCUCUCUCUCUCUCCUCUUCUCUCCUCUCUUCCUCUUCUCUCUUCUCUCUCUUCCUCUCUCUCUUCCUUCUCUUUCCUCUCUCUUCUCUCUCUUCUUCCUCCUCCUUUCUUUCUUGUUCUACCAUCCCUCCGAAGUUAAUUUCUUCCUCUGCUCUCAUCUUUUCCUCUCUCUCUUCUUCCAUCUAUCGAUUAUUGCCCCUCUUCUCUUCCUCUCUCUCAUUCUUUUCCUCUCUGUCUCUUCUCUCUUCCAUCUCUCUCUUCCUCCAUCCGUCCGUUGAUUCUACCCGCUCGUCUUCUCUUCCUCCUCUCUCUUCCUCUUCCUCUCCUUCCUCUCCUCUCUUUCUCUCCUCUCUCCUCUCUCUCUCUCCUCCUCUCUUCUUCUCUUCCUCUCCUCUCCUUCUCUCUUCUUCCUCUCUCUCUCCCUUUCCCUCUCUCUCUCUUACUUUUGUUCUCCUCUCUCUCUCUCUUCCUCUCUCUCUUCCUCUCUCCUUCUUUCUUUCUUUCCCCUCACAUUACACAUUAGUUCGAUUUAGUUUUUGUUCUAACCACAAUCCCUCCUGCACAGAUUUAAUUUGUCUGCAUUCCUCAACUGUGAGGUCUUUAGAUCUAGUUCUGUCCUGCGUGAGUGUUACUUGAAAUGCUAAUCGAUUCAUUGAGUUUGCCCACAUCUACGUGGUGUGUUUAUCCCAUUGCUCAUGUUUGUACUGUAGCUUUGGGUCUCUGUCUCUGUGCCAAGUCUCUCUUGCUUCCUCCAUACCAGACUGUGGAGAGUAGAGGACUACAACCCAGGGAGCAUGCAGGUUCUUUGGGGAAGAUCAGGGCCGAGGCCAGGUCAGCUCUUGGUGGGUGGGUGGGGGAUUUUGGCUCAUCAAGUGGCCAGUGUGGAAUGUUUGAGCCGGUUGCCAAGCAAACUGGAAGGUUUUGAUUUACCAUUACAGCGUCUUCGUUCAGAGCAACUUGUCACAAUUAGUGGCGUCAGGAGGGAGAGAAACAAGCAGAAAUUGUGCUUCAAAGGGCCAGAAUAGCAUAUCCUUUUCAUGAGUUCAUUCCUGCCCUGCCUGAUGGGUUCUCAGGGUUUCCAUCCAUAUAGGGACCUAAUAUCAAUUUUAGUUAUGCUUCCUUUCUUUGUAAUAUACUGUCUUUAGUAGGCUUAGGCUAUUCUCUGAGAGAGUCCUCAGAUGUUAGUAGUCAUAACAAUCAUCAAUUGAUUUCCCUUAGUCAUCUUGUUCAUUUGAUGGCAGGACUACUACCAUUCAUGAAGGCAUAAGUGUUUCCCCUAGUCUUUUUCCUUGGUCAUGCUAAUUCAGGGCUGUAAACUCCAAAACAUUCAAUUGAAACCAAUAGACACCACAUCAUUUAGGCAGGUGACAACAGAGCUAGGUGAUUAUUCUCUUCCUACAUUAAGGAACAGAGGAUAAUAAAAAACUAGAUCAAAAUGAGUGAGGUGCAGAAAGCAGUAAAAUAUCAACUGUAAGUAAGGCAUAACAUCAUUUUAAAAACGAGGCCUAGUAAUAAAGAGAAUGGCUUUGUUUUAGUGAGAUCUGAAAUGAAAGUAGCCUACUUCUCCUAGAAUAGAACAGUGAACAGAUUGUGUCUUGAUAGAGAGGCAGUGGAUUGGACGGAGACAAUGGAUGCGUCCCCAAAUGGCAUCCUAUUCCCUAUAUAGUGCCCCUAUGGGCCCUAGUAAAAAGUAGUGCACUACAUAGGGCAUAGUGUGCCAUCUUGCAGCCUACAGUGCCUCCACUCCUGUCUGGUCUACAGGGAUGCCUCAGUGUUUUUAAAGGCUAGGUAUUCUCCCUCCCUGGUGGAACAGCAUGCCUUGUUUUGUUUAACACCCUGUUCCCAUUUACUUACCUCCCAUUUUUUUUCAGAUUCUAUUUCAUAGUUGGAUUAUUUGUUUUGAUUGCGGGCCUAGAGCUGUUCGAUAAUACUUUUUACCAGGACCCAUAGGGCUCUUGUCAAAACUAAAUUAGUGCACUAUAAACAGGGUAGGAUCACAUUGGGGAGACUGCCUAGCUGGCCACACUCUCCUGGCUGUAGUAUAGGUGUCCCAGGCAGAAGCCAUCUGUCUCCUCUCCUGUGGUGGUGGGAGGAGGGUGGAGGGUGCAGCAAUAAACCCUCCCCUCCCUCCUAAAUGCUGUUCUGUAAAACAAACAUAGAUUGAGUCUAGUUUCCCUGUGUGCUUGACAGGCCUAGACCCAGAGGCUGAAACCGAAAGACACGCUGUCUUUCUUUAAUGAGUCCGAUAUGAAGGACAUACUGCUUCUCCGAGACCAGGCCCAAAUCCCCGUCAUUCGCGUGAAAUACAGGGGACGGAUGCCUUGUUAGAAUUUGUCGGCAAGUGGGUAACCCGCCUCUACCAUCCGUUAUAUUGGCCAACGUGCAAUCACUGGAAAAUAUACUGUAUGAUCUCCGUUCGAGACUAUCCUACCAAUGGGACAUAAAAAAAAGUAAUAUCUUAUGUUUCACAGAGUCGUGGCUGAACGACGACACUGAUAAUAUACAUUUGGCUGGGUUUUCCAUGGAUCGGCAGGACAGAACAGCUACGUCUGGUAAGACGAGGGGUGGGGGUGUGUGUCUAUUUGUAAAUAACAGCUGGUGCGUGAUGUCUAAUAGUAAGGAAGUCUCGAGGUAUUGCUCGCCUGAGGUAGAGUACCUCAUGUUAAGCUGUAGACCACACUAUCUACCAAGAGAGUUUUCAUCUAUAUAUUUUUUUGCUGUCUAUUUACUACCACAAACCGAUGCUGGCACUAAGACCGCACUCAACGAGCUGUAUAAGGCCAUAAGCAAAAAAGAAAAUGCUCAUCCAGAAGCGGCGCUCCUAGUGGCUGUGGACUUUAAUGCAGGCAAACUUCAAUUUGUUUUACCUAAUUUCUACCAGAAUGUCACAGAGGGGAAAAAACUCUAGACCACCUUUACUCCACACACAGAGACUCAUACAAAGCUCUCCUAAAGCAGGAAGUACCAGUGACUCACUCAAUACGGAAGUGGUCAGAUGACGCGGAUGCUACGCUACAGGACUGUUUUGCUAGCACAGACUGGAAUAUGUACCGGGAUUCAUCCAAUGGCAUUGAGGAGUAUACCACCUCAGUCACCGGCUUCAUCAAUAAGUGCAUUGACGACGUCGUCCCCAAAGUGACCGUACGUACAUAUCCCAACCAGAAGCCAUGGAUUACAGGCAACAUCCCACCGAGCUAAAGGCUUGAGCUGCCGCUUUCCGGGAACAGGACACUAAUCCGGGCGCUUAUACGAAGUCCCGCUGUGCCCUCAGACGAACCAUCAAACAGGCAAAGCAUCAAUACAGGACUAAGAUUGAAUCCUACUACACCGGCUCUGACGCUCGUCGGAUGUGGCAGGGCUUGCAAACUGUUACGGACAACAAAGGGAAACCCAGCCGCGAGCUGCCCAGUGACGCGAGCCUACCAAACGAGCUAAAUGCCUUUUUAUGCUCGCUUCGAGGCGAGCUACACUCAAGCAUGCAUGAGAGCACCAGCUGCUCCAGACGACUGUGUGAUCACGCUCUCCGUAGCCGAUGUGAGCAAGACCUUUAAACAGGUUAACAUUCACAAGGCCAUGGGGCCAGAUGGAUUACCAGGACGUGUACUCAGAGCAUGCGCGGACCAACUGGCAAGUGUCUUCACUAACAUUCUCAAACUCUCCCUGACCGAGUCUGUAAUACCGACAUGUUUCAAGCAGAUCACCAUAGUCCCUGUUCCCAAGAAAGCGAAGGUAACCUGCCUAAAUGACUACUGCCCCGUAGCACUCACAUCAGUAGCCAUGAAGUGCUUUGAAAGGCUGGUCAUGGCUCACAUCAACACCAUCAUUCCGGAAACCCUAGAUCCACUCCAAUUCGCAUACCGCCCCAACAGUUCCACAGAUGACACAAUCUCAAUCGCACUCCACACUGCCCUUUCCCACCUGGACAAAAGGAACACCUACAGUGAGGGAAAAAAAGUAUUUGAUCCCCUGCUGAUUUUGUACGUUUGCCCACUGACAAAGACAUGAUCAGUAUAUCAUUUUAAUGGUAGAUUUAUUAGAACAGUGAGAGACAGAAUAACAACAACAAAAAAUCCAGAAAAACGCAUGUCAAAAAGUUAUAAAUUGAUUUGCAUUUUAAUGAGGGAAAUAAGUAUUUGACCCCUCUGCAAAACAUGACUUAGUACUUGGUGGCAAAACCCUUGUUGGCAAUCACAGAGGUCAGACGUUUCUUGUAGUUGGCCACCAGGUUUGCACACAUCUCAGGAGGGAUUUUGUCCCACUCCUCUUUGCAGAUCUUCUCCAAGUCGUUAAGGUUUCGAGGCUGACGUUUGGCAACUCAAACCUUCAGCUCCCUCCACAGAUUUUUUAUGAGAUUAAGGUCUAGAGACUGGCUAGGCCACUCCAGGACCUUAAUGUGCUUCUUCUUGAGCCACUCCUUUGUUGCCUUGGCUGUGUGUUUGGGGUCAUUGUCAUGCUGGAAUACCCAUCCACCCACCAUUUUCAAUGCCCUGGCUGAGGGAAGGAGGUUCUCACCCAAGAUUUGAUGGUACAUGGCCCCGUCCAUCGUUCCUUUGAUGCGGUGAAAUUGUCCUGUCCCCUUAGCAGAAAAACACCCCCAAAGCAUAAUGUUUCCACCUCCAUGUUUGACGGUGGGGAUGGUGUUCUUAGGGUCAUAGGCAGCAUUCCUCCUCCUCCAAACACGGCGAGUUGAGUUGAUGCCAAAGAGCUCGAUUUUGGUCUCAUAUGACCACAACACUUUCACCCAGUUCUCCUCUGAAUCAUUCAGAUGUUCAUUGGCAAACUUCAGAUGGCCCUGUAUAUGUGCUUUCUUGAGCAGGGGGAUCUUGCGGGCGCUGCAGGAUUUCAGUCCUUCACGGCGUAGUGUGUUACCAAUUGUUUUCUUGGUGACUAUGGUCCCAGCUGCCUUGAGAUCAUUGACAAGAUCCUCCCGUGUAGUUCUGGGCUGAUUCCUCACCGUUCUCAUGAUCAUUGCAACUCCACGAGGUGAGAUCUUGCAUGGAGCCCCAGGCCGAGGGAGAUUGACAGUUAUUUUGUGUUUCUUCCAUUUGCGAAUAAUCGCACCAACUGUUGUCACCUUCUCACCAAGCUGCUUGGCGAUGGUCUUGUAGCCCAUUCCAGCCUUGUUUAGGUCUACAGUCUUGUCCCUGACAUCCUUGGAGAGCUCUUUGGUCUUGGCCAUGGUGGAGAGUUUGGAAUCUGAUUGAUUGAUAGCUUCUGUGGACAGGUGUCUUUGCACCUGUACACAGCCCAUCUGAAAUUAGCCCACCCAACUACCUCAUCCCCAUAUUGUUAUUUAUUUUGCUCAUUUGCAACCCAGUAUCUCUAUUUGCACAUCAUCUCUUGCACAUCUAUCAUUCCAGUGUUAAUACUAAUUGUCAUUAUUUUGCACUAUGGCGUAUUUAUUGCCUUACCUCCAUAACUUGCUAAAUUUGCACACACUGUAUAUAGAUUUUCUGUUGUAUUUUUGACUUUAUGUUUGGUUUAUCCCAUAUGUAACUCUGUGUUGUUGUUUUUAUUGCACUGCUUUGCUUUAUCUUGGCCAGGUCGCAGUUGUAAAUUAGAACUUGUUCUCAACUGCCUUACCUGGUUAAAUAAAGGUGGAAGAAAAUAUAUAUAUAUACAGUUAACAAGCUGAGAUUAGGAGCACUCCCUUUAAGAGUGUGCUCCUAAUCUCAGCUCGUUACCUGUAUAAAAGAGACCUGGGAGCCAGAAAUCUUUCUGAUUGAGAGUGGGUCAAAUACUUAUUUCCUUCAUUAAAAUGCAAAUGAAUUUAUAACAUUUUUGACAUGCGUUUUUCUGGAUUUUUUUGUGGUUAUUCUGUCUCUCACAGAAUAACCACAAAAACCAUUAAAAUGAUAGACUGAUCAUUUCUUUGUCAGUGGGUAAACGUACAAAAUCAGCAGGGGAUCAAAUACUUUUUUCCCUCACUGUAUAUGUAUGUAUAUGUAUUUAUAUGUAUGUAUGUGUAUAUGUAUUUAUAUAUAUGUAUGUACACUUGAAGUCGGAAGUUUACAUACACUUAGGUUGGAGUCAUUAAAACUUGUUUUUCAACCACUCCCCAAAUUUCUUGUUAAGAAACUAUCGUUUUGGCAAGUCAGUUAGGACAUCUACUUUGUGCAUGACAGAAGUAAUUUUUCCAGCAAUUGUUUACAGACAGAUUAUUUCACUUAUAACUCACUGUAUCACAAUUCCAGUGGGUCAGAAGUUUACUGUGCCUUUAAACAGCUUGGAAAAUUCCAGAAAAUGAUGUCAUGGCUUUAGAAGCUUCUGAUAGGCUAAUUGACAUAAUUUGAGUCAAUUGGAGGUGUACCUGUGGAUGUAAUUCAAGGCCUACCUUCAAACUCAGUGCCUCUUUGCUUGACAUCAUGGGACAAUCAAAAGAAAUCAGCCAAGACCUCAGAAAAAAAGUUGUAGACCUCCACAAGUCUGGUUCAUCCUUGGGAGCAAUUUCCAAACGCCUGAAGGUACCACGUUCAUCUAUACAAACAAUAGUACGCAAGUAUAAACACCAUGGGACCACGCAGCCGUCAUACCGCUCAGGAAGGAGACGCGUUCUGUCUCCUAGAGAUUAACGUACUUUGGUACGAAAAGUGCAAAUCAAUCCCAGAACAACAGCAAAGGACCUUGUGAAGAUACUGGAGGAAACAGGUACAAAAGUAUCUACAUCCACAGUAAAACAAGUCCUAUAUCGACAUAACCUGAAAGGCCGCUCAGUAAGUAAGAAGCCACUGCUCCAAAACCGCCAUAAAAAAGCCAGACUACAGUUUGCAACUGCACAUGGGGACAAAGAUCGUCCUCUGGUCUGAUUUAAACAAAAAUAGAUCUGUUUGGCCGUAAUGACCAUCGUUAUGUUUGGAGGAAAAAGGGGAUAGCUUGCAAGCCGAAGAACACCAUCCCAACUGUGAAGCACGGGGGUGGCAGCCUCAUGCUGUGGGGGUGCUUUGCUGCAGGAGGGACUGGUGCACUUCACAAAAUAGAUGGCAUCAUGAGGAAGGAAAAUUAUGUGGAUGUAUUGAAGCAACCUCUGAAGACAUCAGUCAGGAAGUUAAAGCUUGGUCGCAAAUGGGUCUUCCAAAUGAACAAUGACCCCAAGCAUACUUCCAAAGUUGUGGCAAAAUGGCUUAAGGACAAAACAAAGUCAAGGUAUUGGAGUGGCCAUCACAAAGCCCUGACCUCAAUCCUAUAGAAAAUAUGUGGGCAGAACUGAAAAAGCGUGUGCGAGCAAGGAGGCCUACAAACCUGACUCAGUUACAAGAAAAAUCUGCAAGAAAAAAACAUGGGGGAUUGGAAGUGAUGCAGACAAUUACAUUGAUGGAAGUUACAAUCUAUCUGCAAUAUUAAAGCUGAAAACACCUCACGGCAUAACGCCUCUCCCCUAUUUGACCAAGAUCGUUUGUAUGUAUGUAUUGAUAUGUAGGCUACGUGUAUGUAUUAUGUCAUGUUUUGUGUGGACCCCAGGAAGAGUAGCUUCUGUUUUUGCAACCGCUAGUGGGAUCCUAAUAAAAUACCAAAUACCCUCCUGUACUCCCUGUUCACCCACGACUGGGUGGCCAAGCACGACUCCAACAUCAUCAUUAAGAUUGCUGACGACACAACAGUGGUAGGCCUGAUCACUGACAAUGAUUAGACAGUCUAUAGGGAGGAGGUCAGAGACCCCUGGCAGUGUGGUGCCAGGACAACAACCUCUCCCUCAAUGUGAGCAAGACAAAGGAUCUGAUUGUGGACUACAGGAAAAGAAGGGCCGAACACGCCCCCAUUCACAUCGACAGGGCUGUAGUGGAGUGGGUAGAGAAUUUCAAGUUCCUUGGUAUCCACAUCACAAACAAAAUCAUGGUCCAAACACACCCAAGACAGUCGUGAAGAGGGCACAACAACACCUUUUCCCCCUCAGGAGACUGAAAAGAUUUGGUAUGGGUCCCCAGAUCCUCAAAAAGUUAUACAGCUGCACCAUCGAGAGCAUCCUGACCGGUUGCAUCACCGCCUGGUAUGGCAACUGCUCGGCAUCCGACCGUAAGGCGCUACAGAGGGUAGUGCAUAUGGCCCAGUACAUCACUGGGGCCAAGCUUCCUGCCAUCCAGGACCUCUAUACCAGGCGGUGUCAGAGGAAGACCCAAAAAAUUGUCAAAGACUUCAGUCAUGCAAGUCAUAGACUGUUCUCUCUGCUACCGCACGGCAAGUGGUACCGGAGCGCCAAGUCUAGGUCCAAAAGACUCCUUAACAGCUUCUACCCCCAAGCCAUAAGACUGCUGAACAAUUAAUCAAAUGGCCACCCAGACUAUUUACAUUGACCCCCCCCCCCCCCCCCCUAUUUACAUUGACACUGCUGCUAAUCGCUGUUUAUUAUCUAUGCAUAGUCACUUUACCCCUACCUACAUGUACAAAUUACCUUGACUAACCUGUACUCCUGCACAUUGAAUCGGUACAGGUACCCCAUCUAUGUAGCUUCCUUAUUGUUAUUUUAUUGUUUAUUUAUUUAAGUUUUUACUUUAGUUUAUUUAGUAAAUAUUUUCUUAACUCUAUUUCUUGAACUGCAUUGUUGGUUAAGGGCUUGGAAGUAAGCAUUUCACAGUAAGGUCUACAUCUGCUGUAUUCGGCGCAUGUGACAAACAUUUUUUGAUUUGAUGCUUGCUUGGACUGCUUUGCCAUCCCAAAUGUAACCUUUUUCCUAUACAGUGCACUACUUUUCACCAUCGCCCAUAGGGCUCUGGUCAAAAGUAGUGCACUAUAUAGGGAAUUGAAUUGGGUACCAUUUCGGAGGCAGUCCCAGAGGCAGACAGACACAAUGACUGUCUUGCUGGUUGCUUGUUGUAGUAGCCUAGCUAUGUAUGUAGGAAUGGUGGCACUGUGUGGCAGGUACAGUAUUUGGGGCAUGCUGCUAGCCUAGCGGAGCGGAGUGGCACAGUCCCAGUCAGUCUGAGACGUGGGUCAUGCCUGUGCCUGGGAUCAACAUGCCUGUCACACAUGCCAGGCAUGUCAGUGUAUUCACUCUCCUGCGACUGCUGCACAGAAAAAGCUGUAUGUUUUGGAUUAGUUUCUUUUUAUUACCCUCCUGUCCUCCUGUCUGUUUUUACUGAUGUAUUCCCAUGUUACAGUAGCUUGUGUUUUCAUGGUUAUGUAUAGCUCCUUCUCGUGUGUGUGUGUGUCGUGUGUGUGUCGUGUGUGUGUCGUGUGUGUGUCGUGUGUGUGUCGUGUGUGUGUGUGUGUGUGUGUGUGUGUGUGUGUGUGUGUGUGUGUGUGUGUGUGUGUGUGUGUGUGUGUGUUUGCGCGCACCUGUGUCUGUGUGACAUUGUUAUGGUAGGUAGGCCAGUAGAUAGUAGUCCCAGGGAUAGUCAGAGUGCAGCAGCAGCAGCUGUUGUCCCGGCUCAGUGUUCUGAGUGGAGUGGAGACUGGCUGCAUAGCAUAAACUGACCCUGACACUCAACCACACCAAUACACACAGAGGAUACUGUGACAGCAUGGCACGCUGACGCUAAACAAACACAGCACAACACAACUCAAUGCGGUGCAAUACACACACAACUAUUUGGCCAUGGAAAUCUCUCACAAACCCCCCACCAGCUAGGCUUGCUAUAUGAUUCACAUAUCCUCUACCUAAACAAAAUGCCUGAAUCAUGCACACAUGCUCACCCUCAGUUUUUAUAGUGGAAAUAUAGUCUGUGUGCUUGUGUGUAUGUGUGUGUGCGUGUGUGCAUGUACGUGAUCCCUGAAAUUACAGGAGAUGCAAGGGCGCAGGGAGAGCCUAUAUUCCCUCUUAGUCAGGAUAGCAUAGCUGUGGUUUGCCACUUAUAUUCAUGCCAAGGAUCCAAAGUACCAGCCAUUAGGCCACUUUUAUUAGCAUACUCCACACACAUUGUUAGGUGGAAAUUUAGAUCUCCCAAAUAUAACUUUAAAUUGCGCUAAGAAAACUUAGACCUUGCACUAAAUGUUUUGAAUGCCAUUCAGUUCAUGUAAAAACAUGAAGGCUAGUGCAAGAUUCACAACGAGGGGUGCCCCCAACAAUUAAAUCUAGACGACAGGGUUGUAAAAGUUCAUAUGAACUUAAUGUUUAAAUAUAUAUGUGGGUAUCGAUAACUAAUUGCUGUUAUUAUGUUUAGAGACAUUUGACCCGGGUCUUUCUUGGUUGGAUGAUUCUAGACAUAGGACUAAUCUGUAAUUUAAGAUUUAUUUCAAGUUCAAAUUCAUUUCCCUCCUUAAGUUGUAGGCUAGUGAUUAAUUCAGAGUUCGCUUCCUGUGGUGUUUCUAAAUGUUACAGUAGGCAUGUAUUGCUCAAUUUCUUAAAUGGUUUGCCUAGCUAGUCAUUGCAAACAUCCAGCACGAGGCGCUAGGCCUAUCUAGUAAGAAGUAGGCCUACUGUAGGUCAGGAGGCGCCUACCGGUAUCUCCUGUUUCUGUAGCGUUAAGCAGCUUGAUGUACAAGUACACCCCCUAGACAGACUAGCGACCUAUCUACUAUAAAUCAAAUUAGCCUAGUAGGCUUGUAUCAUAAAACUUCUACUUUCCAAGCAAAGGAAAACAAAAAGUAGAAGACACAAUAUUGUUGAAUCAUGUUAGGCUUCAUUGCCUAAUUUCCGUCCAUUGAUGCGGCUGAUUCCCACUGUUGACAGCAUUGUGCCAUAAUCAUGUGCUCACUGCUCAUCCUCUCUCCUCCAUUGGCUUUCUGCACCUUUACUCAAUCACAGCAUCCAAACUAGCCAGCCAGCCCCCAUGAAAAUCCCAUGUUUACAUGUUACAGCAAGCUGAAAAUAACUCCCAAAUAAACAUGUGGUGUGCAUAGACACAGAUGAAAGGGCUUUUUAAAAACAGGAAAGAAAACAUCAAAUUGCUUGUUAUGUUUAAUCUCCUUCCAGAAAUGUUUGGACUUUAUAUGGCAAGGUGCUCUAACAACAACAGCAGGGACAGUGAGAACGUUAUGUGUUGUACAGUGAGGCUGAAUGUGUGUUGCUCAUUAGGAGUGAACACACACUGAGGGGUUCCAGACCCAGCCACAUCUCCCUGAUAAACCCCCUCAAAAAGCUAAAAGCCCAGCCCUUACUACACUGUUGAAAUACCAUCUUAAUAUCACAAACAUACGGCACGACUAGUUGUUCCAGAAAGAAGUCAGGUCAGCCCAUUCCCAUGGGAAGAGUAACAUGAGAGGGAAGUGACGUGAUACAGUAUGUUUCAUAAUGUAGGCCUACCUCAAGGCCAUUUGGUUUCUAUGGUUUGGAAGGGGUUGUUGUUUCUGAAUAAAAGCAUGAAAGAGGAAUAAAAACAGUUGAAUAAGUUGAAAAUAUGUAAGCCUAUGUUGUUGUCCUUUUUGACUGAGGUUCACUCUUUCUUUUCAUGACUGUUGUCAACAUGGAUCUAUAUCUAACUGACUGUGUCCCACCCCUUCCCCCUGUCUAUAGGUGUGAGCAGUAACGAGGUGCUGGUCCCAGAGAUGGUGAGUGCUGUGCUGGGGAAGAACAUUACACUGGGCUGCAGGGUGGAGGUGGGCACCAACCUCAGCCUCACCCAGAGCUCCUGGGAGCGUCGCCUGCCCUCAGGCACCAUCACCCUAGCCGUCUUCAACCCCCAGUUUGGCAUCUCCAUCUCCCCAGACUACGCCAGGCGCCUGUCCUUCCUGAACCCCUCCGUGCACGAUGCCACCAUCGUCCUGGAAGGCGUGGGUUUUCAGGACAUCGGGUCUUACACGUGUAAAGUGGCGACUUUCCCGCUGGGCAACACGCAGGCAUCCACCACCGUCAAUAUACUAGGUACGUGGAACUCUUAAACUGCGUCGGUCCUGGUCAAAAGUAGUGCACUAUAGAGGAAAUAAGGUAAAAUGUACCUUAUUCCCUCUAUAGUGCACUACUUUUGACCAGGACCUUCAUAGGGCUCUGGACAAAAGUAGUGCACUAUAGAGGAAAUAGGGGGCCAUUUUGGAUGCAGCCCCAAUGGGCCCUGGGCAAAAGUAGUGCUCUAAAUGGGGAAUAGGUGUCACGAUCGUCUACGAGAGAGGACCAAUGCGCAGCGUUGAAGGUGAACAUAAUAUAUAUUUAUUAACUGAUCACACGAUCAAAACAAUAACCAACGAUGCGUGACGUCUAAGGUUACAACACGAACAAACCUUAACGGAACAAGAAACCACAACACAAAGUGAAAAGACCGAUAGUUAAAUAUGGCUCCCAAUCAGAGACAACCAGCUGACACUCGUUGCCUCUGAUUGGGAGUCACUCAGGCCCACAUAGAUAUACAAACAUAGACUUACAUACCCUGGCUCAACAUAACAUAGUCCCCAGAGCCAGGGCGUGACAAUAGGGUGCCAUUUGGGACACAGACACUCUGCGUCCACCAUGAAGAAACAGUUAAUUUUUGUACUGUAGAAGCAUACAGCACCAGCUCCAUUUUACCUGAAUGUCCUUUCUCAGAAAAUGUUCUCACUGUCCCAUGAAUAAUAGGAGGGCAAUUCAGACUUCUCCUUGAUCAAUAUUCAUACAGCUAUUACUGUAGGAGCCAAAUGCCACAUAGAUUUACUGACUUAAUAUAAACAAAUCCACACGUAAAGGUUCCAACUCGUCUGGACACAUUAAAGUAGCACCUUACUGAGUGAACUUUGAGGAUUGUUGUGCGGUCAGCAUGUGUUUCCACCCCUAUAAUGCUUGAUUGGGUUGUGGACGGUGAUGAAAGCUGCAACCAGUCAGGCUUCAUGUGUAUCUCUCCUGAGAAUGAGUCCCAAAUAGCACCCUAUUCCCUAUUAGUGCACUACUUUUGACUGGUAAAAGUAGUGCACAAUAUAGGGAGUAGGGUGUCAUUUGAGACUCAGCCUGAGGCUGGCUCUGAUGACUAAUGAGGGCUCCAUUAAGUACUGCUGUGACAGGGGGCUGCCUGACUCGACUCAGUGUCUGGGCCUCCACAGCCUUCCAUUAGCCCACCUCUACCUUUACUCUGUCUGUGUCCCAAAUGGCACCCUAUUCUCUAGUGCACUCCUUUUGACCAGGGCCCAUAGGGAAUAGUGUCAUUUGGGACUGAGACUGGGCUUCCACGGCCUUCUUUUACUCUGUGUUGUUUAUUGGGGGUGUUUUAUUUCUUAACACUGUGAGUGGGUACACUCCGCUUCUGAGAAUAAUAACUGAUAUAAAAACCAAAAGCUCAUAGCAGUAAAAAAUUAUAAAAAAUGCUUCCCUUUCUUACAACGCUUUUUUUAGGUCUCUGACGGUUGUAAGAAUAUAGUAGUCUGGGACAGAUAUUAAUCUUAUAAGAGGAGUGCAGUCUACUUUCAGGUAAUAAACACCCCCCCCCCCCCCCCCCCCUCUCCCACCCCCUUCCUCCUAACCACACAAAAGGCACAGGGUUACAUUUGAAUGGUAGGAGGAGCUUGCUACUUGAGCCCCAAGCCCCCACCUGGAAACAAUGGAAAAGGAAUAAUACACCACCACCGAAACUCUGAGAAUUAGAAUGACCUUUUGUUUGGGAUUGUUACUGCUGACGAGGAAGUGAGAAACCUUCUGCAGUUUUCUAAAAAACUUUCUGCUAAGACUUCUAAAAGUUAACAAGACAACACUUAAAAAAGCUGCAUUAAUGAAGAUGUCAACUGAUGCUACUAGGCCUGACAUUGCGGCAAACUCCACAGUCUGGCCCAGCUCCACUUUCACUUUCUGAGUUAUUAUAUAAUCAAACCAUAAGCGUUCUUCUACUCCAGCCCAGAUCUCUCUGCAUAGCUCACUGAUAGCCAUGUUUUACUGUCCAUGACAUCUUCUCUUUUCAGGUGAGUCAUAAAAACUAAAGAGAACAUAACCUUGCAGCAGUGCAGUGCCAUGGCAAGACUUGUUCAGGGUCAAAAUUGUAGUGUUUUAUUGUUAGAAGUUGUUUAAUUAGAUAAUCAAAAUAUCCGUUCUCUAGGAUUUACAUGAUCAUCCAAUGAGCCCCAUAAAUGCAGUGAUUGGUGAUAAUUGUAAUUAUUUUAAAGUGUACUGAUUGAUUGAUAUGUCAAAACUGUGGAGAUACUGCAUGGUUUGACCACUGGCCAUACAGUUCAACUGUAGUCCUGGUUGGCUCACUUUGUCAACUGCACACAUAGGGCUGGCCGAUAUGGCCAAAAUAUUAUAUAACGGUAUAUAAAAUAGAAAAAAAAUGACGGUAUGACUGUAUUUGAUAUUUGGUAUUUUUAUGUUUUUGAAUAAUAAAAGUUCUACAUUUGCUUUGAGUAGUGUGUGACCGUAGGGUGGCAACUAGGGCUGUGGCAGUCAUGACAUUUUGUCAACCGGUGAUAGUCAAGCAAAUACCUGCCGGUCUCAUGGUAAUUGACUCGUUAAUUAACAUUAACACAUUUAGUAUCUCCUGUAUUCCACGCAUAGCCUACAAGCCACUGAUGCAGACCUUUGGAACAUCUACAUUUAAAAAAGUCUAAUAAAGCCAUGUAAUAUAGCCUACACCAAUACAAUAAAUCCAUUAUUUAUUUUAGACAGGUCUAAGGAAACAUGAUAUGAAGAAAAUGCAGUCUACUUCUGUCAGGGCGACGUGUAUGCUGUGAGCGAAGUCAAGCGCAGGACACCGAGCUACUGGCAGACAAACUUUACUUGCACAGUAAUCAAAAAUACAAACAAAACCUCCAAACAGGGAGGAACAAAAUACGCAUACACCCGAACACUGCCGACCUCACGGAAAACAAUCACACACAAUAACCAAUGAGAGACAGGGAAUACAAUGUAACAUAAUGGGAAACAGGUGAAAAACAAUCAAGACAAACUAGACAAACACUGAAACAUAGAUCGGUGGCAGCUAGUACUCCGGGGACGACGAACGCCGAAGCCUGCCCGAGCAAGAAGGAGGAGCAGCCUCGGCUGAUUCCGUGACAGUACCCCCCACUUGCCUCGGGGACGGCCAGGAGGACGCGGAGCAGGGCGAGUUGGAUGACUCCGGUGGAAGUCCCUCAACAUGGAGGGAUCUAGGAUGUCCCUCCUAGGGACCCAGCACCGUUCCUCCGGACCGUACCCCUCCCACUCCACGAGAUACUGCAGGCCCCCCAUCCGACGCCUCGAAUCCAAGAUGGAACGGACUGAGUACGCCGGAGCCCCCUCGAUGUCUAGUGGGGGCGGAGGAGCCUCUCGUACCUCACUCUCCUGGAGUGGAACAGCCACCACCGGCCUGAGGAGAGAUACAUGGAACGGGGGGUUAAUGCGGUAAUUAAUGGGCAGUUGUAACCUAUAACAUACCUCGUUCAAUCUCCUCAGGACUUUAAAUGGCCCCACAAACCGCCGACCCAGCAUCCGGCAGGGCAGGCGAAGGGGCAGGUUUCGGGUCGAGAGCCAGACCCGAUCUCCCGGUGCAUACACCGGAGCCUCACUGCGGUGGCGAUCGGCGCUCGCCUUUUGCCGCCUGAUAGCCCGCUGCAGAUGGACAUGCGCAGCGUUCCAGGUUUAUUCCGAGCGCCGAAACCACUCGUCCACCGCAGGGGCUUUGAUCUGGCUCUGAUGCCAAGGUGCCAGAACCGGCUGAUAACCCAGCACACACUGAAAAGGCGUAAGGUUAGUGGAGGAGUGGCGGAGUGAGUCUUGGGCUAUCUCUGCCCAGGGAAUAUAUCCCGACCACUCCUCCUGCCGGUCCUGGCAAUAGGACCUCAGAAACCUACACACAUCCUGGUUCACUCUCUCCACCUGCCCAUUACUCUCGGGGUGAAAACCUGAGGUAAGGCUAAUCGAGACCCCCAGACGUUCCAGGUAGCUUAGUGGUUAAGAGCGUUGUGCCAGUAACCGAAAGGUCGCUGGUUCUAAUCCCCGAGCCGACUAGGUGAAAAAUCUGUCGAUGUGCCCUUGAGCAAGGCACUUAACCCUAAUUGCUCAUGUAAGUCGCUCUGGAUAAGAGCGUCUGCUAAAUGACAAAAUAAUAAUAAUAAUAAUAAACGCCCUCCAGACUCUAGAGGUGAACUGGGGACCCCGAUCAGACACUAUAUCCUCAGGCACCCCGUAGUGCCGGAAGACGUGUGUGAACAGGGCGUCAGCAGUUUGUAGGGCAGUAGGGAGACCUGGCAUAGGAAUGAGACGGCAGGCCUUCGAAAACCGAUCCACAACGACCAAGAUCGUUGUGUUCCCCUGGGAGUGGGGAAGGUCCGUGACAAAAUCCACCGAUAGGUGAGACCACGGCCGUUGUGGAACGGGUAGGGGUUGUAACUUCCCUCUGGGCAGGUGUCUAGGCGCCUUACACUGGGCGCACACCGAGCAGGAGGAAACAUAAACCCUCAUGUCCUUAGCUAAAGUGGGCCACCAGUACUUCCCACUAAGGCAGUGCACUAUCCGACCAAUACCAGGAUGACCAGAGGAGGGGGACAUGUGAGCCCAAUAUAUCAAUCGAUCGCGAACCUCGAGCGGCACGUACUUCCGACCCUCUGGACACUGUGGGGGAGUAGGAUCGGUACGUAACGCCCGCUCGAUGUCCGCAUCAACCUCCCACACCACCGGUGCCACCAGACAAGACUCCGGAAGUAUGGGAGUGGGCUCAAUGGACCUCUCCUCUGUGUCAUAUAGUCGGGACAGGGCGUCUGCCUUAGUGUUCUGUGACCCUGGUCUAUAGGUGAGCUUAAAUACAAAUCGGGAAAAAAACAUAGCCCGCUUUGCCUGGCGAGGGUUCAGCCUCCUCGCUGCCCGGAUGUACUCCAGGUUACGAUGGUCAGUCAGAAUGAGAAAAGGGUGUUUAGCCCCCUCAAGCCAAUGCCUCCACACCUUCAGGGCUUGAACCACAGCUAACAGCUCCCUGUCCCCCACGUCAUAAUUGCGCUCCGCCGGACUGAGCUUCUUAGAAUAGAAAGCACAGGGGCGGAGUUUUGGUGGCGUACCCGAGCGCUGAGACAGCACAGCGCCGAUCCCAGCCUAGGACGCAUCCACCUCAACUUGGAACGCCAAAGAGGGAUCCGGAUGUGCCAGCACCGGAGCCGAGGUAAACAGGUCCUUCAGAUGUCUAAACGCCCUGUCCGCCUCAGCCGACCACUGCAGACGCACCUGACCCCCCUUUAGCAGGGAGGUAAUGGGAGCUGCCACCUGUCCGAAGCCCCGGAUAAACCUCCGGUAGUAAUUGGCAAAAUCCAAGAACCGCUGCACUUCCUUCACCGUGGUGGGAGUCUGCCAAUUACGCACGGCAGAAACGCGGUCAAUCUCCAUCUCCACCCCUGAUGCGGACAACCGAUGUCCCAGGAAGGAGAUGGACUCCUGGAAGAACAGACAUUUCUCCGCCUUCGCAUACAGGUCAUGCUCUAACAGUCUACCAAGCACUCGACGCACCAGGGACACAUGCUCUGCUCGUGUAGCGGAGUAUAUUAGAAUGUCAUCAAUAUACACCACUACACCCUGUCCAUGCAAGUCCCGGAAAAUCUCGUCCACAAAUGAUUGGAAGACUGAAGGAGCAUUCAUUAAACCGUAUGGCAUGACGAGGUACUCAUAGUGACCGGAGGUGGUACUGAAUGCUGUCUUCCACUCAUCUCCCUCCCUAAUGCGCACCAGGUUGUACGCGCUCCUGAGAUCCAAUUUUGUGAAGAAUCGCGCCCCAUGUAAUGACUCUGUCAUACUAGCAAUCAGAGGGAGAGGAUAGCUGUAUUUGAUUGUGAUCUGAUUGAGACCACGGUAAUCAAUACACGGGCGUAAACCCCCAUCCUUCUUCUUCACGCAGGGGAAGUGGACGGCCGUAUGUAUCCCUGUCUCAGAGAUUCGGUGACGUAUGUCUCCAUAGCCGCCGUCUCCUCCUGAGACAGAGGAUACACAUGACUACGCGGAAGCGCAGCGCCUACUUGGAGGUCUAUCGCACAAUCCCCCUGUCGAUGAGGUGGUAAUUGAGUCGCCUUAUUUAUACAGAAGGCGAGUGCCAAAUCAGCAUACUCAGGUGGAAUGUGCAUGGUGGGAACUUGGUUCGGGCUUUCCACCGUCGUUGCCCCUACGGAAACACCUACACACCGCCCGAAACACUGAUCAGAUCAUCCCUUGAGAGCCCUCUGUUGCCAUGAAAUGUUGGGGUCAUGAGCUGUUAACCAGGGAAGCCCCAACACCACGGGAAACGCAGGAGAAUCAAUCAAAUACAAACAUAGUAUCUCCUCAUGGCCCUCCUGCGUUUUCAUUCUGAGAGGCGCUGUGACUUCCCUAAUCAAUCCUGACCCCAAAGGGCGGCUAUCUAGGGCAUGGAUGGGGAAGGGCACAUCAACAGGUACAAUAGGAAUCCCUAACUUAUAGGUGAAUUGGCGAUCGAUAAAAUUCCCAGCUGCGCCUGAAUCUACUAGCGCCUUAUGCUGGGAGUGAGGAGAAACCUCGGGAAACACAACUUUAAUACAUAUAUGCGCAACAGAGAGCUCUGGGUGAGUUGGGUGCCUACUCACCUGGAAUGACUCAUCAGUGCGCUGCCUACUACCUAGAUUCCUAGGAGACCCUCCCCAGCACCGACCAGCAGUGUGUCCUCUGCGGCCACAGUUGGUGCAGGGGACGGCCUCCCUCCUGGUCUCUCUCCUGGUCUCCCUAGCACCAGCACCUCCGAGCUCCAUAGGGGUCGGCUCGGAAGUGCUGGGGGAUGGAAUGGACGGCCCUGAAUCCGGACGUCCGCGGGUAGCCAACAGGGUAUCAAGGCGAAUGGACAUGUCCACCAGUUGGUCGAAGCUGAGGUUGGUGUCCCUGCAGGCCAAUUCCCGACGCACGUCCUCCCUCAGGCUACAUCUGUAGUGGUCGAUGAGGGCCCUCUCAUUCCAUCCCGCGUUGGCAGCCAGCGUCCGGAAGUCCAACGCGAAACUCCUGUGCGCUCCUCCUCCCCUGUCUAAGGUGGAAUAGACGCUCACCCGCCGCUUUACCCUCUGGUGGAUGAUCGAAUACUGCCCUGAAGCGGCGGGUGAACUCCGCAUAGUUGACAGUAGCGGCGUCUAUUCCCCCCCACUCGGCGUUGGCCCACUCCAGCGCCUUGCCGGACAGACAGGAGAUGAGGGCGGACACACUCUCGUAUCCCGAGGGCACCGGGUGAAUGGUUGCUAGGUAGAGUUCAACCUGGAGCAGGAAACCCUGACACCCGGCCGCUGUGCCAUAAUAAGCCCUCGGGAGCGAGAGCCGAAUCCCACUGGACCCCGGAGGUGAAGCGAUGGGCAUCGCCGAUGGUGGUGGUAUCGUUGGAGGAGGCGUAGGCAGACCCCCUCUUUCCCAUCGCUCCAUAGUGCUCACCACACGUUCCAUGGCGGUGCCGAGAGCCUGGAUCAUGGCCGCUUGGUGUUCGACGCGUUCGUCCAUUGAUCCAGCUGGCACCGCCGCUCCUGCUGACUCCAUGUGUGGUGUGUGAUUCUGUCAGGGCGACGUGUAUGCUGUGAGCGAAGUCAAGCGCAGGACACCGAGCUACUGGCAGACAAACUUUACUUGCACAGUAAUCAAAAAUACAAACAAAACCUCCAAACAGGGAGGAACAAAAUACGCAUACACCCGAACACUGCCGACCUCACGGAAAACAAUCACACACAAUAACCAAUGAGGGACAGGGGGUUAUAAAGGGAAAACAAUGUAACAUAAUGGGAAACAGGUGAAAACAAUCAAGACAAACUAGACAAACACAGAAACAUAGAUCGGUGGCAGCUAGUACUCCGGGGACGACGAACGCCGAAGCCUGCCCGAGCAAGGAGGAAGAGCAGCCUCGGCUGAUUCCGUGACAACUUCAGAAGAAAAGAAUAGCAUACUCUGAGUUGUCCUUAUGUUAGGCCCUGAUCUGGCUAUGCCAUAUGGCUGUGGGCUACACUAGUUAAUUUAGCAGACAAUAUUUGCUUAGAAUUUCCGUAGUAUUCUUUUAUAUUAUUUUAUAGUAUGAAGAAUACAAUUGAACAUAGCUGAAUAAAAUAGAAAGGAUAUUUUCUCCAAACAAUUUGAGGGAGUGCGCGCAUGCGGCUAUUCUGUGUUUAUCGGUUAACAAAGACACAGGUACUCUUAUAUGCUUAAUUUAGAGUUAUUUAUGUAACUUUAGUUGUGAUACAAAUGUUGGGCUAUAUGUUUUGAUUUUUAAUACAUUCUAAGGCUGCAUGAUGCGGCUCUAAUGAUGAUUUGAAAAAAGUUGCAUGAAAGGCAUGAGCUCUGCUUUGUUUUUUGCGCAGGCUGUACACACUUCAUCAGUCUCACAUUCACAAUUUGACAAGCACUUGAUAAUGCCUCGAAUUUCCCAGCUGCAUCCCCUUUGUGUGGCCGUAAUGCCCCCUAAAAGAAUCCUUGCCUUUUGCGGCCAGUGGCCGUUAUGCCCUUGGGCUGAAUAUAAUAAUUUUAAUUCCCUUCUCCCGCUGCGUGCCGAAGCACCUCUCAUUCACAUGAUUGGGUCUUUCUCACAGGCUACAAGUGAAGACAGACACAUCGGGGACGCAACUGUGCGCGUCCUUAUCCAAUUCCGAGGCGCAUAUUGAAGAUAUUGGAAGAACUGUCCACAUUUAAUUUUCGUCUGCCAACAAGAUCAGUAGGCCUAACAAACAGCAAAAGCACUAGCCUAUGUCAAUCUACUAUCCCCCAUAGUACAAAAGUUGACCUAUUUUAUUCUGUGCGAGAAAUCAAUAUUCCAAACAUAGUCCGGGACAGUUUUGGGAUGCGAUAGAUCCCAAAUUAAUACAACCACUAGCAUAAAAAAACCUGUUUUAAGCAAUGAGCCUGACACAACAGAUGAGAACGUUUAGCUUAAAAUGUUGAUAAACUAUUAGGCUAUUUCUUCACAUUAUAAGCGCAGCAAUGCGCACACGGCAGUAGGCUAUAAGCGCAAAUGUUGCAUUAGCAGGACACCAUUUUCAAAAGUGACCAAAAAUGCGAUUAUGCAUGUAAUGCUUUUAUUAUAAAGGUGCAUUUUUAUGGUGAAAAUUAUCUUCCCCAAACUUGAAACUCAUGCGCCAGUUAAGCUCUACACCCAUUGUAAAGCGAAUGAAUGUGCUUCAUUUUAAGAAGUUAUUUGGCCACUUUAGUUGUGAUACAAACCGUAUCAAAACAUAUAGGCCUAUGGGCUAGGCUACAUGAGGUGUGCGACUAUGAUUUGAAAAAGUCGCCAAAAAAAGCAUGCACUGUUUACUGGGUAUCAAUAAGCUGGGCAUCAUUCACAAGUGAAAAUAUAUCACAUGUGAUAGGCUAAUAUUGUCACCCAUCACACUAUUCUUGAUUUAAUCUUGUCUUUACAUAUACUAAAUGAUAUAUGCGUGAAAUUUGUUUUGAUUUAGAAUGGACCAUUAUCAUGCACCUGUCUCGAAACAGGGGCAGCGGAAAAAAAAUACAUGUCAUCUAUGCACUUAAAUAGCAAAUGUAGGACGCUUUUCUCGUGGUUCAUUUUCAUGCCAGCCAGGUUGGCUAUACUCUUGUUUUAAAGAGAAGCAAUGUGCUUAUUAUUAGGAUUGUUGAGAAAUAAAUAUAGUAGGCCUAGCAUAAAUCAAUCAAAUCAAAUUGUAGUAGUCACAUACAUGUUCUUAGCAGAUGUUAUUGCGGGUGUAGCAAAAUGCUUGUGCUUCUAGCAGUAAUAUCUAACAAGUAAUAUCUAACAAUUUCACAACAUAUACCCAAUACACACAAAUCUAAGUAAGGAAUGGAAUUAAGAAUAUAUACAUACAGUGGGGAGAACAAGUAUUUGAUACACUGCCGAUUUUGCAGGUUUUCCUACUUACAAAGCAUGUAGAGGUCUGUAAUUUUUAUCAUAGGUACACUUCAACUGUGAGAGACGGAAUCUAAAACAAAAAUCCAGAAAAUCACAUUGUAUGAUUUUUAAGUAAUUAAUUUGCAUUUUAUUGCAUGACAUAAGUAUUUGAUCACCUACCAACCAGUAAGAAUUCCGGCUCUCACAGACGUGUUAGGUUUUCUUUAAGAAGCCCUCCUGUUCUCCACUCAUUACCUGUAUUAACUGCACCUGUUUGAACUCGUUACCUGUAUAAAAGACACCUGUCCACACACUCAAUCAAACAGACUCCAACCUCUCCACAAUGGCCAAGACCAGAGAGCUGUGUAAGGACAUCAGGGAUAAAAUUGUAGACCUGCACAAGGCUGAGAUGGGCUACAGGACAAUAGGCAAGCAGCUUGGUGAGAAGGCAACAACUGUUGGCGCAAUUAUUAGAAAAUGGAAGAAGUUCAAGAUGACGGUCAAUCACCCUUGGUCUGGGGCUCCAUGCAAGAUCUCACCUCGUGGGGCAUCAAUGAUCAUGAGGAAGGUGAGGGAUCGGCCCAGAACUACACAGCAGGACCUGGUCAAUGACCUGAAGAGAGCUGGGACCACAGUCUCAAAGAAAACCAUUAUUAACACACUACGCCGUCAUGGAUUAAAAUCCUGCAGCGCACGCAAGGUCCCCCUGCUUAAGCCAGCGCAUGUCCAGGCCCGUCUGAAGUUUGCCAAUGACCAUCUGGAUGAUCCAGAGGAGGAAUGGGAUAAGGUCAUGUGGUCUGAUGAGACAAAAAUAUAGCUUUUUGGUCUAAACUCCACUCGCCGUGUUUGGAGGAAGAAGAAGGAUGAGUACAACCCCAAGAACACCAUCUCAACCGUGAAGCAUGGAGGUGGAAACAUCAUUCUUUGGGGAUGCUUUUCUGAAAAGGGGACAGGACGACUGCACCGUAUUGAGGGGAGGAUGGAUGGGGCCAUGUAUCGCGAGAUCUUGGCCAACAACCUCCUUCCCUCAGUAAGAGCAUUGAAGAUGGGUCGUGGCUGGAUCUUCCAGCAUGACAACGACCCGAAACACACAGCCAGGGCAACUAAGGAGUGGCUCCGUAAGAAGCAUCUCAAGGUCCUGGAGUGGCCUAGCCAGUCUCCAGACCUGAACCCAAUAGAAAAUCUCUGGAGGGAGCUGAAAGUCCGUAUUGCCCAGCGACAGCUCCGAAACCUGAAGGAUCUGGAGAAGGUCUGUAUGGAGGAGUGGGCCAAAAUCCCUGCUGCAGUGUGUGCAAACCUGGUCAAGACCUACAGGAAACGUAUGAUCUCUGUAAUUGCAAACAAAGGUUUCUGUACCAAAUAUUAAGUUCUGCUUUUCUGAUGUAUCAAAUACUUAUGUCAUGCAAUAAAAUGCAAAUUAAUUACUUAAAAAUCAUACAAUGUGAUUUUCUGGAUUUUUGUUUUAGAUUCCGUCUCUCACAGUUGAAGUGUACCUAUGAUAAAAAUUACAGACCUCUACAUGCUUUGUAAGUAGGAAAACCUGCAAAAUCGGCAGUGUAUCAAAUACUUGUUCUCCCCACUGUAUAUGGACAAGCAAUGACAGAGCGGCAUGGACUAAGAUACAGUAGAAUAUUAUAGAAUACAGUAUAUACAUAUGAGAUGAAUAAUGCAAGAUAUAUAAACAUUAUUAAAGUGACAAGUGUUCCAUUUCUUAAAGUGGCCAGUGAUUUCAAUAGGCAGCAGCAGCCUCUAAUGUGCUAGUGAUGGCUAUUUAACAGUCUGAUGGCCUUGAGAUAGAAGCUGUUUUUCAAUCUCUCGGUUCCAGCUUUGAUGCACCUGUACUGACCUCGCCUUCUGGAUGAUAGCGGGGUGAACAGGCAGUGGCUCGGGUAGUUGAUGUCCUUGAUGAUCUUUUUGGCCUUCCUGUGACAUCAGGUGCUGUAGGUGUCGUGGAGGGCGGGUAGUUUGCCCCCAGUAUUGCGUUUGGAAGACCGCACCACUGGAGAGCCCUGCGGUUGCUGGCGGUGCUGUUGCCGUACCAGGCAGUGAUACAGCCCGACAGGAUGCUCUCAAUUGUGCAUCUGUAAAGGUUUGUGGGUUUUAGGUGCCAAGCCACAUUUCUUCAGCCUCCUGAGGUUGAAGAGGCUCUGUUGCGCCUUCUUCACCACACUGUCUGCGUGGGUGGACCAUUUCAGUUUGUCAAUGAUGUGUACGCCAAGGAACUUGAAGCUUUCCACCUUCUCCACUGUGGUCCCGUCGAUGUGGAUAGGGGGGUGCACCCUCUGCUGUUUCCUGAAGUCCACGAUUAUCUCCUUUGUUUUGUUGAUGUUGAGUGAGAGGUUAUUUUCCUGGCACCACACUCCCAGAGCCCUCACCUCCUCCCUGUAGGCUGUCUCAUCAUUGUUGGUAAUCAAGCCUACUACUUUUGUGUCGUCUGCAAACUUGAUGAUUGAGUUGGAGGCGUGCUUGGCCACGCAGUCAUGGGUGAACAGGGAGUACAGGAGGGGGCUGAGCACGCACCCUUGUGGGGCCCCAGUGUUGAGGAUCAGCGAAGUAGAGAUGUUGUUUCCUACCUUCACCACCUGGGGGCGGCCUGUCAGGAAGUCCAGGACCCAGUUGCACAAGGCGGGAUUCAGACCCAGGGCCUCGAGCUUAAUGAUGAGCUUGGAGGGUACUAUGGUGUUGAAUGCUGAGCUAUAGUCAAUGAACAGCAUUCUUACAUAGGUAUUCCUCUUGUACAGAUGGGAUAGGACAGUGUGCAGUGUGAUGGCGAUUGCAUCAUCUGUGGAUCUAUUGGGGCGGUAAGCAAAUUGAAGUGGGUCUAGGGUGACAGGUAAGGUAGAGGUGAAAUUAUCCUUGACUAGUCUCUCAAAGCACUUCAUGAUGACAGAGGUGAGUGGUACGGGACGAAAGUCAUUUAGUUCAGUUACCUUUGCGUUCUUGGGUACAGGAACAAUGGUGGCCAUCUUGAAGCAUGUGGGGACAGCAGACUGGGAUUGGGAGAGAUUGAAUAUGUCCGUAAACACACCAGCCAGCUGGUCUGCACAUGCUCUGAAGACGCGGCUAGGGAUGCCGUCUGGGCCGGCAGCCUUGCGGGGGUUAACAUGCUUAAAUGUCUUACUCACGUUGGCCACGGAGAAGGAGAGCCCACAGUCCUUGGUAAAGGGCUGUGUCGGUGGCACUGUCUUAUCCUCAAAGCGGGCGAAGUAGGUGUCUAGCUUGUCCGGAAGCGAGACGUCGGUGUCGGCGACGUGGCUGGUUUUCCUUUUGUAGUCCGUGAUUGUCUGUAGACCCUGCCACAUACAGUGGGGGAAAAAAGUAUUUAGUCAGCCACCAAUUGUGCAAGUUCUCCCACUUAAAAAGAUGAGAGAGGCCUGUACUUUUCAUCAUAGGUACACGUCAACUAUGACAGAUAAAAUGAGAAAAAAAAAUCCAGAAAUUCAUAUUGUAGGAUUUUUAAUGAAUUAAUUUGCUAAUUAUGGUGGAAAAUAAGUAUUUGGUCAAUAACAAAAGUUUCUCAAUACUUUGUUAUAUACCCUUUGUUGGCAAUGACACAAGUCAAAUGUUUUUUGUAAGUCUUCACAAGGUUUUCACACACUGUUGCUGGUAUUUUGGCCCAUUCCUUCAUGCAGAUCUCCUCUAGAGCAGUGAUGUUUUGGGGCUGUCGCUGGGCAACACAGACUUUCAACUCCCUCCAAAGAUGUUCUAUGGAGUUGAGAUCUGAAGACUGGCUAGGCCACUCCAGGACCAUGAAAUGCUUCUUACGAAGCCACUCCUUCGUUGCCCGGGCGGUGUGUUUGGGAUCAUUGUCAUGCUGAAAGACCCAGCCACGUUUCAUCUUCAAUGCCCUUGCUGAUGGAAGGAGGUUUUCACUAAAAAUCUCACGAUACAUGUGAUCAUUUUGAUCCCACGGGGUGAGAUCUUGCGUGGAGCCCCAGAUCGAGGGAGAUUAUCAGUGGUCUUGUAUGUCUUCCAUUUCCUAAUAAUUGCUCCCACAGUUGAUUUCUUCAAACCAAGCUGCUUACCUAUUGCAGAUUCAGUCUUCCCAGCCUGGUGCAGGUCUACAAUUUUGUUUCUGGUGUCCUUUGACAGCUCUUUGGUCUUGGCCAUAGUGGAGUUUGGAGUGUGACUGUUUAAGGUUGUGGACAUGUGUCUUUUAUACUGAUAACAAGUUCAAACAGGUGUCAUUAAUACAGGUAACGAGUGGAGGACAGAGGAGCCUCUUAAAGAAGAAGUUACAGGUCUGUGAGAGCCAGAAAUCUUGCUUGUUUGUAGGUGACCAAAUACUUGUUUUCCACCAUCAUUUGCAAAUAAAUUCAUUACAAAUCCUACAAUGUGAUUUUCUGGAUUUUCUUUUCUCCAUUUGUCUGUCAUAGUUGACGUGUACCUAUGAUGAAAAUUACAGGCCUCUCUCAUCUUUUUAAGUGGGAGAACUUGCACAAUUGGUGGCUGACUAAAUACUUUUUUUCCCCACUGUACGUCUCGUGUCUGAACCGUUGAAUUGCGUCUCCACUUUGUCUCUAUACUGAUGUUUUGCAAGUUUAAUUUCCUUUCGGAGUGAGUUGCUACACUGUUUGUAUUCUGCCAUAUUCCCAGUCACCUUGCCAUGGUUAAAUGCGGUGGUUCGCGCUUUCAGUUUUGCGCAAAUGCUGUCAUCUAUCCACAGUUUCUGGUUAGGGUAGGUUUUAAUAGUCACAGUUGGCACAACAUCUCCUAUACACUUCCUGAUAAUCUCAGUCACCGUUUCAGUGUAUUCGUCAAAAUUAUUUUCGUAAGCUACCCGGAACAUAUCCCAGUCCGCGUGAUCAAAACAAUCUUGAAGCGUGUAUUUCGAUUGGUCAGACCAGCAUUGAAUAGUCCUUAGCACGGGUACUUCCUGUUUGAGUUUCUGCCUAUAGGAAGGGAGGAGCAAAAUGGAGUCGUGGUCAGAUUUGCCGAAAGGAGGGCAGGGGAGGCCUUAUAACCAUCCCGGAAGUUUGAAUAGCAAUGGUCGAGGAUGUUAGCAUCCCGAGUACAACAGUCGAUAUGUUGAUAGAACUGCAGCCUAUAGAAAGCUGAUGGGAUCCUCUUCUUUCUAAUAGAGGCCAUCACACUGUUUUCUCACGCAAAGUGUUUGAUUAGAUUUUUGAAAACAUUAGAAUUGAUGUCAGAGUGAUUAGAGGGACAAUAGAGUGCUGAGUACCAGGCAGUUAUCAAGUUUGGUAGGCUACUAAUGACUAUCAGCAGCAUUAGAACAUGGAGAAGCAUAAUUACCGUGACUAAACAGUCACAUGGAAUUUGAUUACCAUCAUGACUCGUGACCGCCGGUGUGGCGGUAAUACGGUCACCGUAACAGCCCUAGUGGCAACACAUACAUUCUAAGUGAUUCCAAUGGCUCUUUCUCCAUUCUGAUUGAUUGUUUUAUACUGUUCAAAUAUUUUUUUAGCAUUUCCAUACAUUUCAGCAUUUCCUGUACUCAUUUGAGAUCAUUUCCAUGCUGCCACGUAGGGCUGCACAAUAUGGGCAAACAAUUUAGGCCUUAUUUUAAACCAAAUGUUGCAAUUUGACUUGGGUGAACUGUUGGAAUCAUGGAAAUACAAUGAUUAUUCUAAUUCUAUAGUUAGAAUAUAAUAGUGGGCACUUUGAAUAGAGUGUUGUUUGACAUGACAACGUAUGGAAAUGCCAGGGAGGUGUUAUUGUGACAGGGUAGGAACCAAAGUUUUUAUAAGUGUUUCCUAGGGGACCCUAUAAUCUUUGGCAACAUUCAAUGUUUUCUCUUAGCUACUUCAUGCAGCCCAAAGUGGGUGGCAAAAUUUUUUGCAUGUCCCCCUGAUUUGGUUACAGCUACUUCAAGUAGCUAACAUAUUCAUGCUUCGCGUAUUCCUCCACUAAUAUUAUCAGGCUGUAUAGCUAAUUACAUUUGUUCUGACUCAGUACAUUUAUUAGCUAGCUAGCUUUUAGGCCCAAGUUGCUAAGAAAAGACAAACUAGCUAUUUGCAGAUGUAAUAAACACAGUCUAAUAGUGUAAUUAUAGAACACUAGUGGAUUUAUAUCAAGAAACAAAGUGAAAACAGCAUCGUUGUCAUCAACAUUGUUGCAUGUGCUGCAUUGACUAUGUAGACUGAAGGCAAGUGUCUGUCUCAUGUUCGAGGAACAACAAAUGCGCUCCUUGAGUGACAGGGGGCGGGGCUUGGUCUGUGUGGAAAGUGGCAUUAAGCGAGAGAGGAGAGAGAUGACUCAAGUAGUGAAGUAAACUAUAAAAAUGGAUGUUACACACAGCGUAUCACAUUUAACAAACCAAACAUUCAAAUACUAUUAUAGAAGGUAAAGUAAAAACCCAAACCGGUCCGUGCAUCAAUACCGGUAUAUUGUAAAAUACGGUAUACCGCCCAGCCCUAGGCGCUCAUCAGAGCCUAGCGGAGCCGGGCAAUGGGACGGGGCCAACACGGCUCCCACUGCCUGCUCUCUGCCUGUCUGACGGAAAGUCAUUAUCCUCUGCACUCAACGAGAUAAAUCUGACCCACCUCCCUCCCCGACAGCCUCUCCAAAUUAGCACCUCCCCAACAUUUUGUUACACUGGAGGGAAGGGGAUAGGGGUGUGGGCUAUGGGGUCCCGGGAUGCCCCCCUAACACAACAGAGCUACUGUGCGUGCUCAGUCAGUGGGGUGGGGGGGGGGGGGGGGGGGGUGACAUUUAGAUGAGGGUGGGGGGCACAAUGUGAGCAGGUUGACUGAGACGGCUACCUGAUGCCCGGGCGUAGGAGACACAAGUAUAUUUUUAGAAGAGGGAGUCUCUGGGGUGUUGUUCCACUGUGAGGAGGGGUAUGGCAGAUGUCUGGGGGCGAUGGCCUUGUCUGGUGGAUGUAUGUGUGUGUGUGUGUGUGCCACACUGUCACUGUAACAGGAAGUCCAGCAGCUGUUAGUGCCCUGCCCUCUGUGGGGAGAGGAGGCAGAGAAGGAUACCACAGACAGAGAGAGAGAGGGGGAAGGAGAAAUGGACAUGGCAAAGAGAGAGCAGGGUGGGGGUGGUUCAGUAGCCUGACAACUCACACUAAAUUCUUCUGCUGCUCUGUCGUUCGCUACAUACUUUAGUCUGAGGCUGCCGUCAUUGAAGUUGUUUGUUGUGAUGAGGGGCACAAGGGGCGUUGUACAAAACAAAGUUGUCUCUAACCAAUCGGAGUAUCAAAGCCAAUGGCAAUUUUUCAAACCACCGCUUUACCCACGUGUGUUCUGGCUCUGGCCCAACCCAUUGGUUUCUGGACAAAUCAGACUGCCCCAAAUGUGUUCGCAUUCAGUGAAGGGUUGAGGAGAUGCUCAGAUACAGACUCAUUGCAGAGAAGAAACUAAGGUCAGAGGGCGUGGCAUAGUGUUUGGUUGCCAGGCAAGAGAUUCAGAUGAGUAAUGAUGGAAAGCAAGGCAGCAUGGCUGCUUCCUGAAUCAUAGAUUUAACCGCUAGAGCCAAUUUGUGAAGUGAUUGCUUUCCAGCCUCUCUCCCUCUCUCUCUCCUACCUUCUCCUGUGGAAUUGCGCUAUUGCAAUUUCACAAAUACAUAACAUGUGCAGCAUCAAAUUAGCAAAACAUUUAAUUGCACAAUAUCCAAACAGGUUGUUGCAUGGAAGCCUUUAGUCUAGAGUAUUUACUUCACACAAAGUCGCCAUAAAUUCAAAGCGCACACAUAAUUGACACUGCCGGACUGCACACGCGACCAGAAUGCAGUUAAUAAACCCUACAAGAAACGACUAAAGUAUAGACUAUAAAAGAACGUGUCUCUUUGAGCGGUCAUUGUGACUCUUCAGACAGUCACAAAUUUGAUAGGCCUAUGCACAAUUCACUAUAUAGGCAUCUCUGUCACAGAUAUAAAGUCUAUUAACAAUUCAGAGAGGAAUGAGGAAAAUUCUAUCUUCUCCUGUCCUAGAGCCUAGGCUAUUGAGGAACAUGAUAACGCUCUGAAUUUAUGAACGGCCUGUUUCGCAAUUCACAACAAUGUCUUUGGCGAUCAAAGAUAGUUACUCUAUCAUUACUAAAUAUCAGUUUAAUUUGCUCUUAUUUGGAGAGAACCUUGGCAUAGUGACCAUAUCUUGGUUUUAAACGCUUUAAUUGGGCACUUCCGGUAUUUCCCUGGACUCUCAGGAUAAAUAUGAAUUUUUCCCGGUAUUGAAACUUAGUAGACUUUCGGGAAAAUAUUCAUCCCUAGUGAAAACCCUACUGGCUGUCAGCGUUGACAGUUGGUGAUUAUGAGAGGUGUCUUAUAUUUAGGAUGAUGUCUGUCGGUGCCCUAGAACCGUUAAAGUAGUGCUCUGUGGAACAGGUAGAGUGCUGUGUUACAGCGGUCACUUUCCUUUCACAUGGAUCUGUUUAUGCUGCUCUAUUGAGAGAAAUCUGUGUCAUGACUGAUGUCUCAACCCACAGUAACUCAGAGUCCUCAUAGGAAGCCAGUGUAACAUAACCCUAGCUCUAAAGCACUGAAUAGAAGCACACAUUAACAGCAACCCAACUCCCCAGCUCAGGACAGGACACAACACAAUGAAACACAGACACACACAACAGCACUGAGUAUUAUGUCUGACAUUGCUCUGUGUUAAACUGUUUUUCCAAGUCAUUAUGAACCAUAUUAGCAAGCCAUGAGUAGUACGAGCAGUUUGAAAGUACAGCAUUUACAACACCAAAUCCAUUGUUUUGAUUUAGGAGGAAGGGAAUAUAGUUCAAACAGCUUCAUGGAGAUGCUCCAAAAGUCACUAUAAUAGAAAUGUCUUGGUCGAUGCUGCAUAAUAAUAUUCCUUUCACAAACACACAAACAUCUCUCACAGACAUCUCCAGCACAAUAACAAUAAAAAUAGUUGAGUUCCCUCCAAAGUGCUCCUAUAGUAUCAGAUUGCUUGGCUCAUACAUUUUUAAUAGAUAUCUGUGAAAUGCAGGAAAUCAAUCUACUGCGUCUGGCAGCAGUGUGUGAGUGUACCGUGGCCACUUCCUCCUGUAUGUCCAUCUCUCCAUCCCUGUUUUAUGAUGCACAUUAUUUAUUCAUCUUCAUAUACAAAAUAUCAAUACUCAUUUUGUAAUCUAUUCUCCAUUCUGUUUUGUCAUCUCUCUGCAUGCCCUUUUUCUCUCUCUCUCUUGUUUUCUUUCUCUCCGUCUGUCUCUCUGUCUCCCCCUUUUUCUCUCUCUCUCUCUUGUUUUCUUUCUCUCCUUCUGUCUCUCUGUCUCCCCCUUUUCCUCUCUCUCUUUCUCGUAAUUAAUUUUUAUUUUGUGUGUAUGUAUAUUGUCUAUGCUGCGAAAUGAAUUGCAUCAUUGAGAACAUUAUAGUUUUCUAAUCUGUCUCUCCCCUAGUGGAGCCCAAGGUCUACGUCUCCGCCGGCUCUACGGCCCUGGUGGAUGGUGGUAAUGAGUCGGUGGCGGCCACCUGCAUAGCGGAGCGCGGCCGGCCUGCAGCCGAGGUGUCAUGGGAGACUGAGCUGUUUGGCCACUCUGUGGUCCAGACGCAGGACGAGCCCAACGGCACCUCCACCACCCAGGUACAAACAGAAAAGAGCUACUGCUUUGACCACACACCACAGUACUGACAUACUGUGUUCCAAAUGGCAACCUAUUCCCUAUAUAGUGCACUACUUUUGACUAAGACCAGUUUUGGUCAGUUUUGCCCUUGGGCUCUAGUCAAAAGUAUUGCCAAAUAUAUAGGGAAUAGCGUGCCAUUUGGGACACAGCCAUAGUCUCUCACACAAUCACCCUCCUCAUGGAGUAAAUAUAUAGAUCAUGAAGCAGGCAUGCAGAGCUCACACUAACACUAUUUAAACAUGCUUAAAUAUUUACACGUCUAACAAAAUGUCGCCUCCACCACCCAGGUGCUCUAUGUGUUGGAGCCACGGAGACACUCCCAGGGCCACACCCUCACCUGUGUGGUGCGCCACCCGGCCCUGCAGACUGAGUUCAGGAUACCCUACGUGCUCAAUGUGCAGUGUGAGUGUUGGGGGGGAAUCAGGCGGACAGGACAGCAAAGCAGUAGGGUCAUUGAAACAACUAGAUCACCUUUUUCAUGAUUUACUACAUAGAGCUGAGUGCCACCAUGACAAGGAGAGGGGUAGCAAGCUAUCUUUGUGUUCUGUUUGAGGGGAGUAUCUGUGCUGAUAGGUGGGCUUUAUGGUAGAUGAUUUGUCUUGUCUCAGUUGUCUGCCAGAGACAGCUGCUGCUCAUGUUGUUUCAGCAUGCGCUCUCUGACUACAUAAAGAUUUAGACAACUGCCACAUGGAUCAGUGAAGGGCUGCUUUCUGUAUUUGAUCUAUAACCUAUCAUGUUGAUAGCCUGAUUUACAGUGCAGUAUGCACAUAGACCGGACCGACUCCCUGUCUUCCCUCUUUUGCUCAUAAGAGAGCCAUUAAGGAGUCAUCUUCCUUUUAUAAUCAUUGAUGCAUGGUUCCUUGGCAAGCUGAACUGGUGAAUAGUGGGUAGUAUCUGUCUGGACUAUGUGAGUGCAGGCUAAUGAAGACGUUUUAUGAAAUAUUGAUCAAGCCUCAGCAGUAGCAGCAGCAGCAGGGGGAAGAGAGGUGGGGGCAGAAGGGUAGAGAUGCAGAAAGCCGAGUUUAGGAAGAGAAAGGCUUUGGAGCUCAAUAAAUCAUGUCAAAUGCAGAGGCAGGGGAUUUUAAGUGCCAAAGAAGCACAAUUUCACCACGAACAGAGUGCAAAGGUCAACAUGACGAACUGAUAACGUCUUGUUCCCUGCCCGGCCGUGUACUGUAAUACGUUUUGCCUGCUCACUCUCCAGAGAAAUGAAAAGGGGGAAAUUGGAUACCAGAGUCAUUGUUUACUACAUUUAUUACAGUACAGUCAGUGGUAUCUGUAAUACCUCUGGUAGGCUUCUCUUUGUUCUGUUUGUGUCUGGUGGUGAGCUGCUGGAGUGGAUUAUUACCCCUACAUCUUUUCGCCCAGACCUGUCUGAUGUAGCCUCUCAUUCUCUCGCUGUCUCGCUCUCUGUCUCUCUCUCUCUCUCUCUGUAUCUCUCUCAUGUUUGUUUUCUAGGCUUCAUACAGCCAACAAAACCUCUAUGCAGUAGAAUCCUUUGCCUGCUUUUUCAUUUUGAUUAUCCCUUGUUUUCUUCUUAUAUUGCUUGCUUUUUCACCCUGGGGGGAAAGCUCAUUUGUCAUCACUAUACUGCUAGGGGUCACAUUGGCUAUUGUGUACAAUGCACACUAGGACAUUUUCUUUUUUAAAUGAAUCUCCUGUUUUGUGUUAUUAAAUGAUCCUGAUCAUAGUGUAUCUUGUACAAUAGGCCUACAUUACAAAGUAGAUACACUACAGUAAGUAACUAAUAAUAAUAAUAAAUAAAUCAAUAAUAAUCAUAAAUAAUUAUAAUAGGAUUGUAGAAUAAAGAAUCAAAGCAUUAUUUUAAUAGAUAUUGUGCUUCUUUUCCAGUUGCUCCUGAGGUGACGGUGGUGGGGUAUGACCAGAACUGGUUUGUUGGUCAAGAGAAUGUGAAGCUGGACUGUGGAGCCAAAGCAAACCCACCUGCCCACCACUUCUCCUGGACCAGGUCAGGAUCCUCUAGCUAGCAGCUUACCCACCCACUACACCCCACAACAUGCUAGACACUGGCCGCGUCACUACUGUGAUCAUUUCUAGCUAGUAAUAUACAGAUAAUGUUUGUAUCCCUGUGUUUAUAUAUGAUAUCCUUUCUUAAAAGGUUGGAUGGGCCGAUGCCUGACGGUGUGGAUAUAGUGAACAACACUUUUAGUUUCACUCGUCCUCUGGAGAGAAAUGACUCUGGACUGUACAGGUGUGAGGUGUCCAAUGACAUCGGUCCACGCAGUCAGGACGUUCACGUCUGGAUACAAGGUGAGAGAGUAUGGCCUUGGUUAAACGCUUCAAGCAGAGUUCUCCCACCAUCAGACAAAGCAGUGCCUGUCUCCAUUUGCACACAUUCCAGACACCAGAGGAGAAAAGAGCAGCAUAAACACACCGUAUCCACACCAAAGGUUCAAACUGUUGUGGUUAUGGCAACAUUAGAUAUCUGUGAUAAGAGAGAGUGUUUCACCAUGUUUGUUUUUGGGAACACAGUAUGCACUAAUAUGCAACAAUAUGCCUGCUUGUCAAUGGGAGCACAGUGUGCAGACAUUUUGCCCUUUUUUGUUUCUCUUGUUUGUUGUCCAAGGUCAUUUGUCAGGGUUGGACACAAUGAAUAACACACAGAUACAGUAACAGACACUAGUAUGUUCCCUCCCCAUAAAAUAGGAUGUGUGCUCCAUGCUCUGCUGUAAGAGCUGCAUGCUGUUUCCGUUCACUCAUCAAGAGAUUACUAAUUAUAUUUACUUUAAUUUAAUACACAUGAAUUAAUGACUGAGUCGCUAAACAGAGGAUUUCCCCCCCCCAAAGCUUUCUAAACAUUUUUUUUCUAAAUUAGGCCUCACUUGGCUACGGUACUGGGCUGUUCUGAUGCAAGCGAACACUGCUUGGAGAACACACGGCCAGCAGCUUCCUCCUCUCCUCUCCUCUCCUCUCCUCUCCUCUCCUCUCCUCUCCUCUCCUCUCCUCUCCUCUCCUCUCCUCUCCUCUCCUCUCCUCUCCUCUCCUCUCCUCUCCUCUCCUCUCCUUGCUUUACAUGUUUGGCUCCUCUAUUAUUCUUUAGGUAUGGAGCAUGAGAACUGUGCUCCCCAUUUCCCCCUUUCUUCUAAUCUAUAUCCAAACAUAAUGACUGCUACUCUUGGACACAUUCUUCCCCGCCACACGAUCUCUCUGGUUUCUCACUGAGAGGAGAGCGGGAGAGCAGGCUGGAGGAGCCUCAAACUAAAGCAGGCGGUCACGCUCCAUCUGUGAGUAGGCCUGGUUUGGACUGGAGUCCCGCUCGCUGGAAAACUAAGAGUGUGCCCCAAAUUAUACCCUAUUCCCUAUAUAGUGCACUACUUUUGACCAGAGCGGGCAAUGGAGGGUAUAUAUUGUGCCUAUUGGAGCCUAUAUUGUCCCCUGGGACUCAGUGCUCCCCAUCAUACACCAUGUCCCUCUCUAGCUACCAGGAUGAGAUGACGCUGCAGUGGAUAGCUGCCGUCUUACGGGCUCCUGACCAAUUCUGCUAUUUUAUGUGUUUUUUAAAGCUGAUGUUAACUUUUACAUAAUAUUUCCGCAAUCAUUUCCUAUGACCUCGUAUCCAUGCACAUCGACUCGGUACUGGUACCCCGUGUAUAUAGCCAAGUUAUCGUUACUCAUUGUGUAUUUAUUCCUUGUGUUAUUAUUUUUCUGUUAUCUAUUUUUCUCUCUGCAUUGUUGGGAAGUAAGCAUUUCAUUGUUAGUCUACAUCUGUUGUUUACGACGCAUGUGACAAAUAACAUUUGAUUUGAUAUGAGGAGAUCCAGCCGGGGAGGUUGGGGGUGGUGGUCUUAAGGCUAAGGAGGAGGGGUUGUAUAUCAGCUCACUGACCUUGAGCUGCCUGUACUCUCCCCUUCACAUUAUGACCGGUCCCUUAGUCACUGCUUUAUAGUUGCAGGUUAGUUAGAUUCUCACUCAGUCAGGUAAAUUGCAGCCAGGAUGUAAUUAGCUGAAGGCUAUGCUUCCUGCCAUCCUGUUUGCAUUUGAUCAGUCGUAGCUUAGACUCCAGUGUUAAGUGAAGAUACAAAGCAGUCCUAAUGCAGCUUUUAGUGCUUCUUUGUAGUCAGGCUCUUGAUGUCUCUAGAGAUACAGGGUCAGGCUGCUUUUUGUCCUGAAGGGAGGUCAAUAUUCAGACACAGUAAUCCUCUCUGUCUCUGUCUUUCUCUGUGUCACUGUCUCUCUGUGUGUCUCUCUCUGUCUCUGUGUCUCUCUUGUCUGGCUCUGGCUCUGGGUGUCAUCACAGUCACUAGCCACUGAAGGACGAAUCAGAUGCAGGAACCUCACAUCGAUCACACACUGUUUCAUCUUUUCACAUGACUUCCCCUUUUUCUCUUGACUUUCCACCAGAGCCAAUCACUCCUUUACAGAGCCCAGAGCCUUUGGUGUUUGUCCAGACACUACUUAUUUCAUUAAUAUGCUCUUUGAAAACAACAGUGUUAGAAUUUCAAUUAAGACUAAAGCUUUUUUGUGAACUGUCAUUUUCUAAAUGUCAUUUUCACAGGUUAUAAGCAUUUGUUUAUUUUAUUUGUUUAUUUUAUUUGUUCUGUAUUCAGUGAUUAUACUGUGUCACCAAUCAGAUUCAUACUAAAAAACAUUGAUUCCUUUAACUGACAUUGAAAUGUUUUUUUUAUUCUCUGUCAUGACAUUCCCUCCCUCCAUAAAUCCUCAUCUCUUGCCCCCCCCCCCCCUCUCUCACUCUCUCUCUCCUCUCUCUCCCUCUCUCUCCUCUCUCUCCUCUCCUAUCCUCUCGUCUCCUCUCUCUCUCGCUCUCUCUUUCUUCUCUCUCUCUCUCUCUCUCUCUCUCACACACACACACACCCAUCCUCUAUCCAUCCGUCAGAUCCUCCCCCCACCACGGCACCAGUCCCCACCACCUCUACUCCCCUCUUCCUGGACACCAGUGACACCAGCACGGCUCCCAACAAGCGACGAGGAGCGAGCGGCCACUUCACCUCCCCCACCCUGGCCUCCCUGUCAGACAGCAGCCUGGGUACCAUAGUGGGCGGGGCCGUGGGCGGGGUCCUGCUCCUAGUGCUGCUGCUGAUCCUGGGCGGAGCCUGCUUCAUGCGCCAACGGAGGACCUUCAGGGGGGACUACUACACCAAGCAGUACCUGGGCCCCUCCGACAUGCAGAAGGAGUCCCAGCUGGACGUGCUCCAGCCACACGAGCUGCAGGAGGUCUACGGGGACGGGCAGAACUCUACCUGCAAGGAGCUGAAACCCAAGCCGGGAGGGGACAUCAUUUACCCCAACGACUACCCCAACGACAUCAAGGACAGGGAGGACUGGGGCGACGGCCACAGGGGCCUCCGGGAGGGCAGCUACCAACCUGCUGAGAACCACAACAACAUCCACCACCCCAGAGGGCUGCCUGUUCAAACCCCCACAGUGACCAACGGCUCCCCCUACCUGCCGGAGGACUGCUAUGACAAUGGCACAGACAGCGAAUAUGUGUCCCACAUGGAUGGGUCUGUGAUCUCACGCAGGGAGUGGUAUGUCUGA